UGCGUCGCCUGUUUCAUCCAUUCAUCCAUCAGCCACUUCACACAGGCUGCGACUCAGAGGUUCAGGCAUGGCAGCUCCAAGAGCACUCGUCCUCGGCUUCCUGCUGGUGAUCGCCAUCGCCAACGCCGAGGCGGCGUCCAUCGUCGUCGGCCUGGCCAAGUGCGCCGAUUGCACCGGGAAGAACAUCAAGGCAGAGGAAGCCUUUAAGGGUCUUCAGGUGGCGAUCAAGUGCAAGAACGUCAAUGGCGAGUACGAGAGCAAGGCAGUAGGUACCCUUGACGGCACCGGCGCUUUCAGCGUGCCCGUGGCCGCCGACCUCCACAACGCCGACUGCGUCGCACAGCUCCACAGCACCGCCUCCAACGCACCGUGCUCCGGCCAGGAGCCAUCAAAGAUCGUGCCGGUGUCUGAGGGCACCACCUUCGGGGUCGUUGCCGGCGCCAAGACGAACAUGCUGGCAUCGCCAGAGUGUGCGUCGGCGACCCUGUGCGGACCGAUCAAGAAGCACAUCAUCGAGCACUUCCAUCACAAGAAGCCCGUGCCGCCCAAGCCGGAGCCCAAGCCCCAGCCCCACCCGGACUACGGCCCCGUGCCCAAGCCCGAGCCCAAGCCGCAGCCCCACCCGGACUACCACCCCGUCCCUCCCACGCCCACCUACGGCGGCGGCAGCGGCGGCGGUGGAUACCAUGGACACCACUGACUCCAAUCUGCCACCGUCCGGCCUAGCAGUGAAAUUUCAUGGCUUGUUGCUGUCAGUGAGUGAGCGACGUUGCUAUUUAUGUCACGGGUUAGCUUGAUCUUCUAUCAUUCAGAAUAACAGUUGUGAGGGAUAAGUAUGUGUGUCAGGCAAAUGUACGGGUAAUGGGUCAUUUUUUUUACAAGGUUUGUAAUAUCGGUGUGAAUUUUUGUAAUGAGAAGUUCCUAUAUCAGUAUAUCAUGAUCAAUCAAGUA